CGCGACGAAUUUUAUUGAAAAAACCCUUUCAUCCUUUUUUUCUUAGCUUCUUCGAACAAAAAGCACACGGAUCAAGGCAAUGGAAGGCCUAUGGCCGUUAACCUCACGUCCGACACAAAGCGAUUAAUCUGCCUGGCGAUUUUAUUGGGAAUCUAUCUUCUCUCCGGUGCUGUAGUCUUUCAAGUAUUAGAGAACGAAAAUGACAAACUGGAGAUACAAGAAUUAAAUUCUAUGAAGAAGUUCUUCCUUGAGAAGCAUAACAUGACACCAGAUGAUUUCGACUUUUUGGUGGAGAAGGUUGAAAAUGCCGUGAAACACCGUUGUGGCGGCGACCCUGACCAGUGGUGUACGUCCCGAUGGACAUACUACGCUUCAUUGUAUUUUACAUGGAGUGUUGUCACGACUGUCGGCUAUGGUCACUUAGCUCCCAGUACAGUUGGCGGUCGUGUUUUCUGUAUGGUUUUUGCUUUAUUUGGAAUUCCUUUAAAUCUAAUGGUGUUACGUCACAUUGGAGACCGCGUCAAUCAACUGAUAAGUUAUAUUCACUUCUUAGUAGAAACAAAAUUGCUCAACCGGGAAUCACAACCAGUUGUCACAAAAACUCUUAUGUGGACGCUGCUAGCUCUCCUGAUGAUGCUUUUUGUUGGAGCGUUUCUUUAUCUGCAGGAAGAACAAUGGAACUUUCUAGAAGGAGUGUAUUUCUGUUUCAUCACGUUCUCGACUAUCGGAUUUGGGGAUCUGGUGCCUAAUGGAGGACAAGCUCCCUCUGAUGUUGGAAGCAUUAUCAUGGAACUGCUGCGUGCAACAGUGGUGCUUUUAGGAGUAUCUAUGUUUUUCUCCAUUAUUACGUCUGUGUUAACCGCUUCUGAAGAACUGCGUGUCAAUUUUCCUGCAGGCAAACAUUUGGACGAUUUAGGAAAAAAAUCUGAAAAGUCACUAGAAAGCGGGGAGAUUGAGGUACAGGAAAAAUUAAAAGAUCAGGAAGAAAAAAGGAUCAUGAACGAUGUCGAAAGCGGAAAUAUUAAUGCCGUAAAAGAUAAAAAUAGCACAACAACGGGUGCUUCUUUGGCAAAAUAAAAACCUAUCGGCAAAUAUUUUGGAGCCAAUUAAUAACAAUGGAGCAUAGAGUAAAAUCGAUAUUGAAGAGGUUCUAGAGAAGACAACAAAAACUAGAUAUUUCAAUUUUAAUAAAGCUUUAAAUAAUUUACCUGAUGAUUCUGAGGGUGGCUUUGCGCAGUUCAUCUUCA